AUGCGGGAUGAACCUGUGUCACAUCGGAGCCCGUCCACGAGCGCCUCGUGGAGAUGCAGACCCGAUGAACCCUUGAUUUGCCAGGGUCUUGGGAACUCCCAGAGGGAAUAUGAAAGGCAGGUUGUGCUCUAUAGCAUCCGCAAUCAGCUCCGAUACCGGAAUAACUUAGUUAAGCAUGUCAAGAAAGAUGAGCGCAAAUACUAUGAGGAUCUGUUGAAAUACAGUCGAGACCAUCUCAUGUUAUACCCCUAUCAUUUGUCUGACAUCAUGGUAAAAGGCCUGAGGAUGACACCGUUUUCAUACUACACAGGCAUAAUGGAGGAUAUAAUGAACAGUGAAAAAAGCUAUGAUUCAUUACCCAACUUUACUGCUGCUGAUUGUUUGAGACUUCUUGGUAUAGGAAGAAAUCAGUAUAUAGAUCUAAUGAACCAAUGUAGGUCUUCAAAAAAAUUUUUCAGAAGGAAAACUGCUCGUGAUCUGUUACCUGUGAAACCUGUGGAGAUUGCCAUAGAAGCUUGGUGGGUUGUGCAGUCUGGCUACAUCACGGAGGAUGAUAUCAAGAUUUGUACCACAUCUGAGAAAUCUGCUGUUGAUAAGAUAAUUGAUUCAGGUCCUCAGCUUGCUGGUUCACUAGACUUCAGUGUAGUUCACAGCUUGUAUAACAAAGGAUUUAUUUACCUCGAUGUACCAAUAUCUGAUGACAGCUGUAUAGCAGUGCCACCACUUGAAGGUUUUGUGAUGAACAGAGUGCAAGGUGAUUACUUUGAAACUCUCCUCUACAAGAUAUUUGUUUCAAUAGAUGAGCACACUAAUGUGGCAGAGCUUGCAAAUGUUCUAGAGAUUGACUUAUCUUUAGUAAAGAAUGCUGUGUCCAUGUAUUGUCGAUUAGGCUUUGCACAUAAAAAAGGCCAGGUAAUAAACCUGGAUAAUCUUCAUCCGUCGUGGAAGAACGUUCCUUCGGUAAACAGACUGAAAUUAGCUGACACAGCCAGCGUGAGCAGCCUGAAUCUGUCUAGUGGGCACCCAAAGCGUAUUGCCUUCCUCUUCGAUUCCACUCUCACUGCCUUUUUAAUGAUGGGAAAUCUUUCACCAAACUUGAAAAGUCAUGCAGUCACCAUGUUCGAAGUUGGGAAGCUCUCAGAUGAGUCUCUUGACAGCUUCUUGGUAGAGCUGGAAAAGGUUCAAAGCACAGGUGAAGGGGAAGCCCAGCGGUACUUCGACCAUGCGCUUACGCUGAGGAACACGAUCCUGUUUCUGCGACAUAAUAAAGACCUAGGGGCACAAGCUGUGCAGCCUGAGCAACCAAGUAAUGGCUUUCCUUUGGAUCUCUUACGAUGUGAGAGCUUGCUCGGCUUGGAUCCAGCUACCUGCAGUAGAGUUCUCAACAAAAAUUAUACUCUGCUGGUGUCCAUGGCACCACUCACCAAUGAAAUCCGACCUAUCAGCAGCUGCACACCCCAGCACAUUGGACCUGCAAUCCCCGAAGUCAGCUCAGUUUGGUUCAAACUGUAUAUUUACCAUAUAACUGGACAAGGACCACCCUCUCUCUUGCUCUCUAAAGGAACCCGUCUUCGAAAACUCCCAGAAAUUUUUCAGGGGUAUGAUCGCUUGCUAAUAACGUCUUGGGGUCAUGACCCGGGAGUGGUUCCUACUUCGAACGUGCUCACGAUGUUGAAUGAUGCUUUAACACAUUCUGCUGUUCUAAUUCAGGGACAUGGAAUGCACGGAAUGGGGGAAAUCAUGCACAUACCUUUUCCAUUUGAUGAAGCUGAGCAGCAGGGAGACUUCUCUCGUGGGAACAUGGGCAUUCAUACAGCUUUGAGAAUAUUGCGAAACAAAGUGGAUUUGCAGCAUUUUUGUGGCUAUGUCACUAUGUUGAACCCUACAAGUCGACAGGCUAACAGAAAGCUGAGUGAUUCUUCUGAUGGAAGAGGAGAGGCUGAGCUAGCAUCAGGAUCUGAUGUAAAUGGGAGUACAGAAUCAUUUGAGAUGGUAAUAGAAGACACUUCAAUGGAUUCUGCAGUCAAGCAAAGCCCCGACGUACCCACAACAGAACUGGAAUGGGUUCCCCUGGAAUUAUGCUUUGGCAUUCCACUCUUCAGCUCUGAGCUGAAUCAGAAAGUCUGCAGAAAAAUUGCCACUCAUGGAUUGUGUAGAAAAGAAAGCCUUCAAAAACUCUUACAUUCCAGUAGAAAGCUAUCUCUACAGGUCCUUAAUUUUGUUCAUUCAUUCCAGGAAGGUACUCCAACACUGGAUCAGUUUCCGGAUCCCAGCUCUUCAAGUUCACUUUUGCAGCCGACUUCUGCGGAUUUGGGUGUUCCCCUUCCUGCGAAGAAUCUCGUGUUCAGAGAAGGGGUAUUAUCCGAAUGGAAUGGACGGUCCCCUGCCUCAAUUUUUAUUUCGACCACGGCUAAGGAGCAGGUCAAAUAAAUAGGGAUUCUUGUGCGUUGAUCACUAAAUGCCUUUCUUCAGUUAAUUUAUAGUGCCAACCACUAAGAAGUGUACUGCUGCUGCAGCAUAAUCCAUGUGAAAGUAGUGUUACAAAAACGUCUUGUGUUGCAGUACUGGGGAAAUGCUAAACUGUCCAGAACAUGUUACUCAUUACUGCAUAUCUUGCUGCAACAGAGAGCUUUUUAGCUGUCAGCACUGUAUUUUUAUCUUGAGACAAUCUUUGUUUUAUAACUAAACACGCCCUUUCUAGGCUUUCUGAUUGUUAAAUUUCUAUGCCGUCACCACAAAAUUGCAAUAGUAGUUUUCUAUGUUCGUUACUCAGACAUAAAUUUUGUUUAGUUUUAUACUGUAUUACUGAAAAUCUUUCUGUAUGAAGGAAAGAGAUUUGGCUCUUCUGCUGAAAGCUCAGUGAUACCAACUAUUUAAAAAAAUGUAUCAUGAUGAUAUGGGGCAUUGAGAAUUGUUGAAUUAUGGAGUUCAGCUUAACAUUGAGGCCUUGACGAGUUAGCACAAUAGAAGGGAUUCCUUCCUUAUAGAAGGCCGAGUUGGUGCAGACUCGAUGUCCUGCUGACGACUUAAGGCCACUCUGAAAAGAGUGAUGCUGUUUCAUCUUUGGCACAAUUUAAUGGAAGUCUGGAAUUAUGAGAAGCUGAACUGUUUGGCUCUCUUCCUGAGGUUCUAUUUAAUAAUGG